AACUAUCCACGACUCCAGUCCGACUGGUGGUCGCAACAUGCCAGAAACAAAUCUUCCUCCUUAGUUGGAUGGGAGGAGAGUCAGCUAACGUAGCCAAGUGAAUUCUGUUAGUGCUGGUACAAUAGCAUAAACUGGAGAAGACAGCUGGGUAGCUUAUUGAUGGACAUGCACCACUGUGUUAUUACAGCUGUAUUAUACGAUGCGAUCUGAUUUCGCAGCGGGAACGAUGACAUGGAGAUAACACGAACACGGCCAUCGCUUUUGAGUAAUAUAGCACAUGGCCUGGGCUUCUGGUCCGAGCGCUCGGCAGUGCACGAAGCAGCAGCGCAGGGCCGCGCGGAGGAGCUCGAGAGGCUGAUAGAGAACGGGGCGACGGUGAACAUCGUGGCUGUGGACUCCAUCACCCCGCUCCACGAGGCCUGCAUACAAGGACAAACGCAGUGUGCCAGGCUCCUGUUGCAGGCCGGAGCUCGUGUGGAUGCCCGUAACAUAGACGGAAGCACCCCGCUGUGCGACGCCUGUGCAGCUGGUAGUCUAGAGUGCGUGAGGCUGUUGCUGGAAUAUGGGGCCACGGUGAACCCUCCGCUCUUCACCUUCUCCCCCCUACACGAGGCCUGCAUGGGGGGUAACUCAGAGUGUGUGCGACUCAUGGUCGCUGAGGGUGCUUUCAUGGAGGCCCAUGACUGCCACUUCGGUACUCCCCUUCACGUGGCCUGUGCGAGGCAGCAUAUCGACUGCGUCAAGGUUCUGCUGAAUGCUGGUGCAAAUGUAAACGCCGCGAAGCUUCACGAGACAGCUCUUCACCACGCUGCUAAAGCAAACAGCCUCGAGUUGAUUGAGCUGCUGGUGGAAUUUGGGGGUAAUGUGUUUGCCAGAGACAAUCUUGGCAAGAAGCCCAGCCAUUACACCAGCCAUGGAUCCUCAGCUGCCCUCUGCCUGCAGCUCUAUGAAUCUGAACCCCUUAGUCUUCAGCAGUUAAGCAGGGUUGCACUCAGGAAUGCUCUGGGGAAACGAGCACUAGAGGUGGUACCUCACCUGGGUCUGCCCAAUCGCAUGGUCUGCUACCUCACCUACAUGCCUGCGCCAACACUGGGACUCCUGACCUGCUAACAAGGCAGGGUCUGGCAAUGCCGAGUUCCACCAGGCCGACUGACUCAGCGGGUAAGGGAUACCAUGCUUAAUAAAGAAAAUCUGUCACAUUACGCUGCAGUGAAAAGAAAAGCAAGAAAGAAAGGAGCCCUUCUGAAUUAGCAUAUUCCCUUCUAUAUAAUGUGCAAAGCAGUGUGGUAGAAUAGUUAGUGUAGAUGAAAACAUGGGGGCACUGCAUGUAGGUGUGCUGAAAUGGUGGGAGAAAACCUUUUCAGUGGGAAAGAUGAAGACUCAUACUCAGCUGCAUACCUGCACAGUGCAAUUUGUUAUUGGUCUUAGUUACUGCAUAAAUGACAGAUAUUGUGUCAUAUUAUAGUGUUAACUGUGACAAGCACAUUUUUGUUUAGUUUUUUGGUCAGCCAGGCAGAUAAAUAUAGUUUAGGCCUCAACUGUGCAGAUGUCUUAAUAUGAGGCAGAACGGCACUGUCAAAAAACUAACAUUACAUCUUUAAUUGUAAGAUCUCAUUUCUACAGCUAGCUGGCUCGUGAAUCAAAGCCCUAAGAUUAUUAAUCUCAUAUCUGUGUAUAACUAAAAUUGGUAAUUUACACUUAGUGUUAUAAGGUUGUGUAUAUAUGUAUGUACUAAACGUGUUUACUAGCUUGUUUUGUUUAAAUUAAGCAUUUGUACAAGGUGUAUAUAAAUUGUUUAUCUAAAUGUAUAUUGUACAUACUCUGCACACAAAGUGAAAGUUUUAUAAUUCAUUAAAUUUCAUAGUCCCUUGGGAUGUAUUAAUGUGCUACAGUCAUGUGUUUGUACUUUUUAGCUAUUUCAACACUUCACAUGCCAGUGAUGAUACACUGUAUAAAUCUUAAUCCAACUUGAGUAAUAUUCAUCAUAUUUAUCAAAUGCAUUUCAUUGGUCUUUAAAAGCAGUUUGACAGGUAACUGCCAAAGAUGGAAACACUUGAAUAAAUAUGAAAAUGAAAUUAUAAUUAAAGAUGUUUUAAAACAGA